UUGUCAGGCACCCUGAAGACCUAUCAACGCGCAGCCUGCGACGAAGAAACGAUGACAUUGAAAUGUCCACCCGGCACGACCAUCUUAGUCGAACACGCUCAAUACGGAAGAACGGGAAUGCACGGCAUCAGCAAAUGCAACUCGUCCGUUGCCCCGAUGAUUGCGGAAGACGAGCCGACGAAUCACACGUGCAUCUGGCCGCAAUCAGUGCAGAGGGUGGUCGGAAUUUGUCAGAAGAAGCGGCAGUGCAAGUUCAACACCAGCCCGAAGACUUUCGGCGACCCUUGCCCCGGAAUGCAAAAGUACCUCGAAGUCGCCUACAAAUGCCGUCCCU